CUCUGCACCUCGCAAUCCAGGCCCUUUUCAUCCGUGACCACCAGCUGCUCUGCCGCCUCCUGCAACACAGCGGUGCCCUCCUCCUAUAUGGCCAGGGUACCAUGGACAUUCUCCAUGCUGUUCCUGCUUGUGCUCCACUCUCCAGGGGCCUCGUUGGCCCCAAACCAGCACCUGUGUGGCUCUCACCUGGUCGACGCCCUCUAUUUCAUUUGUGGGGAGCGAGGAUUUUACAACAGUCCGAGCCGAGUCCACAAGCGGGACCUGGAGAAUCUGCUUGGGUUCCUGGCGAAAAGGGCCAGAGCGGAGGAGCGGCUGCGGAGGGUUCUGGCUGCCCGUGACGAGCCCAAGGUGAAGAGAGGCAUCGUGGAGCAGUGCUGCCAUAAGCCGUGCAGCAUUCACCACCUGGAGGACUACUGCAACUGACCACUCCGCGGCCAGCACUACUCAUAGCUUGUGAAGAGGUCCGGAAGUCAAUUUCUGUCCCCGACACUCGCUGGCUGUCUUAUCAAGUGAAGGAAAUAAAGCUUCAUGACCCAUAA